CUGGCCAGGAGCGGACGGCAGUGAAGGAAUCCCAAAACUUUUCCAACACACAGUGUCGUGCUCUGUUUACUCUUUAACUUCGCCUCGGGCUUGUCAAAAUAACGGUUACGUUGCCAUAGUGUGUGUGUCACUGAUGAAGUGGAUGCUACUGACCGCUUGGAAGAAGGAAACUUACGAGAGGAAAAAAGUUAUGGAAUGAUGCCCGAGCGACUGCAUCCCUCCCUCCAAAGUUCAGCUAAGGUGGCUAACGUUAGCUAGCCUGGGACUCAGCUUGCUAACUCUGAUGUGAAAGUCUGGAUAAACGCUUGUUCAUCUGUCAAAACGAGUAAUAACGCACCAGGUGUGGUGGAGAAGGGCGUGUGGGUAUCUAAAGCUCGUGACAAGCCGAAACCUUUCAUCCUCGGCUUGUUAUCUCAGCCGGACCAGGUUACAGUAUCAAGCUAACCAGUUUUAGCCAAGAGGAGCUAGCUGGGAGACAGCUAGCCUCUGUUAAGUGAAGUUAACGAGAGUUAGCGUUAGUUAUACUCAGUGAGAAAUGACAUGACACUCACCUCUCGUCUACUUUUACUCUCCAUCACUAAAGACUGCAGUGUUUUGUUUUUUUUACCAUUCCUGGAAACUGAACCGCUUUAUAACUUGCAUGGACCAACUGUAUAGUAUCAACACUUGCUGGAUGCCACUUGAGGAGAUGUGAUGAGAUGAGAAAGAGAGUGAUAACCCUCAUUGCAAGAGAAAGGAGCUUACUCAUGUCGUCAUCAUCACCUUCAGUUUUGUCUGUAAAUGCAGAUAAGAAUGGCAUGUACAGGCAGUAAACACAUUUGACAGUCUCAGUAAGGAGCUGUGUUGGCUGUGGAGCACUUUGACAAACUGUGGGACUUUUAAAGAAGUUAGUUUGAGUGAUGUAAGUCACCCCAAGCCACUCUCUACCAGCCCUGCAUUUUUUGGCCUUUUCUGUUUGGUCAUAAUCCCUGCCUCUUUAUCAAGACUUUCUGGAGGGCAUUUCACAGUGGUCUGCAUUAUUAUCACCAUUGUUCAUCACCCAUAUCCAGAGGGCCUGCAUCUCGGAUGAAGUGGAGAUUGCUAUAAUGAAGGUGACAGUGACAUUUGGGCAGACGGGUGUGGUGGUGCCCUGCAAGGAGGGGUGGACUGUGAGGGACCUCAUCCAGCAAGCCACGCAGAGAUACAGGAAACUUCUGGAACAGGAAGGAGACUUCGUGGUUCGGACUCACCAUGUUGAAUACUGUGACGGGGGGAUUUUGGAUCCUGAUGACAUCCUCAGUGACCUGGUAGAAGACAAGGACAAGCUGAUGGCGGUGUAUGAGGAACAGGAAGCCCAGCAGAGGGGUGUGGCUAACACAAGCCUAGCCCCCAGCCCUGACCUCUGCCAGUCCGAGCUGUCUGUCUUCCAGCCAAUCGUAGGAGGAGAGAUUGAAGUCAAUUCCUCAGCCCUCAAGUCCAACACCCCCCUGUUGGUGAGAAGCAGCAGCGACUCAGCCCUCAGCCCCCAGCCGACAGAGACCGAACCCUCCCUCCAUGAGGACACCACGGGGAUGGCAGCCAGUCCUGCUGUGGAGAGGCCAGCAGGGGUAGACCGACCUCAAGGCAAACACACCUUCAAUGGCAGCCUGACCAGAACAGUGGAGAUCCUGGGAGAGGACAGUCCCCUGGGAAUCCACGUGGUUCCUUACAGCUCAUCACUCAGUGGACGGUCUCUUGGUCUGUACAUUCGUGGAGUGGAGGAGGAGAGUCGCUCAAGAAAGGAGGGCUUGUUUCAAGAGGACGAAUGCAUCAUCAUGAUCAACAACACCGACCUCAUGGACAAGACAUUCAGCCAAGCCCAGGAACUGUUCCGUCAGGCAAUGCGCUCCCCAGUGGUCCGCUUGGAAGUAGUUCCCUCUUCCAACAGAGAACGCUAUGAGAAGAGUCUGAUUGGUCAGCUGUUUGGCAGCAGUGCCGGUCCUGACGGCAGCCCCCGAAUCCCCAAGACCAAAGAGCCACCUCCACCUAUUAAAGCCAAACCCGUGUUUAAGCCCCCUGAGAAUCCAGCCAUGAGACUGGCGGAGGAAGCUGCCACUAUGGAACCGGCUGUAGGUACACCCAAGGGGAGGAGUGAGAGCCCCCUCCAUAAGAAAAGCCCUGCCCUCUCCAGCUUGGUGACCAAUAAGAGAGGAGGACGAAGACUGAGGAUCGAUCUUAAGAAAGGUCCUGAAGGUCUUGGUUUUACUGUAGUAACCAGAGAUUCUUCAGUCCAUGGUCCAGGCCCUAUUCUAGUCAAAAACAUUCUAGCACGUGGAGCCGCUGUCAAAGACGGACGCCUGCAGUCUGGAGACCGCAUACUUGAGGUCAACGGUGUGGAUAUCACAGGUGUGGGCCAAGAGGAGUUGGUGUGUAUGCUGCGCAGCACACGACAGGGAGAGAGUGUGUGUCUUGUGGUCCUACGGCAGGAGGACAUGUUCCUGCCUCGAGAGAUGAAGGACGAGAUGUCCCGUGUGACAGGCUUUGUUUCGGAGAGCGGGAAGGAGCAGCUCAUGUUCGAGGUGCCCCUUAACGACACCGGCUCGGCAGGCCUGGGCAUCAGCCUCAAAGGAAACAAGUCCAGGGAGACAGGAGAAGACCUGGGCAUCUUCAUCAAAUCCAUUAUACAUGGAGGGGCAGCAUACAAGGACGGUCGUCUGCGUGUCAAUGACCAGAUGGUAGCAGUAAAUGGAGAGUCGCUGCUGGGACGCUCGAAUCAUGUGGCCAUGGAGACGCUCCGCCGCUCUAUGUCACAUGAGGGAAAUAUGAGAGGGACAAUCCAGCUAGUGGUGCUAAGGGCUCUAAAGGAUCAACACGGGGUGUCACCCAAUCGCUCAUUUGACAGCUCCUCUGGCCUGUCGGGACCGGUGGGUCCAGUGAACGGUCAGACGAACGGCCCGAUUCACUCUCCCAUGGUGAACAACUCUCUCUAUGCAUCUAAUGUGACCAAUGGAAGUUAUUCUUACAUGGAUGAGGAAGAGGAGGGGGAGCUGUAUGUACAUGAAACUGACUUCAGCAACUCUACUCAACACUCCUAUCUACAGGAAAGGGAAACCUCUCACACCUCCAGCCAAGCUCAGCCCCAGUCUCCUACCCAGAACCAGAACCAGCGGCAGUUCCAGCAUGUUAAAGCCUCCAAGAGCAUGGACCUGGGUACGACUCAGAAUCAGCAGCACACUGUGGCAGAUGAGAGCAACGUGGGAUCCAUGGUUGGAAAUGCAGCAGCUCCAUCGCCUCCUGUGGAACUCGGCCCUACUCUGGGCCUGAAGAAGUCCAGUUCCUUGGAGAGUCUCCAGACAGCCAUGUCAGAGGUUAAUAGAAAAAACGAACUCCUCCCCUUCCACCGACCUCGUCCAAAUAUGGUCAGAGGAAGAGGCUGCAACGAGAGCUUCCGUGCAGCUAUUGAUAAAUCCUAUGAUGGGCCACCUGAAGAUGAUGAUGAUGAUGGUUCAGAGCCGAGUUCAGGCCGGGACACCCCUGCAAGUAGUUCAUCCCGCCAGGGAGUGGGGGAUCGGAUAGAGGAGAAAGGCAAAAAAGACAAGAAAAAUAAACUGAAAACAAAGACGAAGGAAAAGAACAAGAAGAAAGUAAAGGAGAAAGAGAAAAACAAAGCAGAGGAGCCAGAGGAGACGGCGAAGAAGAGCAAGAAAAUAGGCUUUGGCCUGCUGAGAUUUGGGAAGAAAAAAGAGGAGAAAAAGGAGGCAAAAGCAGCUCUGCAGCGACAGAAGUCAGACAUUCUGAGUGAUCAUGAGUUUGAGAGGAUGAAAGACGAGAGGGAAAGGAUCGAAGCAGGGCAUCCUGAGCUGCGAGAGCAACGGUCCAGAGACCAGCAAGGUGGUGGUGGUGGGUCGGCAUAUCCAGAUGUGGAAGAUGAUGACACAGACCCCAACUAUGCCCGUAUACAAUCCUUCAGGGACAGAGAUAUGGGCCCAGUGCCGCAGCCACCCUCUCAGUCGCCUCCCUACAGUACAAUUCAGCAUGCCCAUGCAGGCAACCCUUCCCCACAAGGCCCAUCUGCCUUUCCAGGCCACGGGAAUCAUGGUAACGACCCUGGAGCCAUCCCUGAUGACGACCACCUUGACAGACUGUACGCCAAAGUCAAUAAACCAAGGGGAGCUGCAACUACAUCUCCUCCUGUCUCUGCUUCUGCUAAUGACAGCGUGGACAGGAUCCAGCAGCUGAGAAGAGAAUACCAGCAGGCAAGGAGAGAAGGAAUGGUGCCGCCUUAUGAGGAGCUAGACCCAAGACGUAGAGUACAUGAAAACGACGCGCACAGGAUUCCAGGCAGAGGGACAGAUCAUCGUAUGGCGCCACGUUAUGAAGAAGUGGAACGUCAGUAUGCCUCCUUACCAAGACGAGGUCCACUGGAUCCAGCUGACUACCCCAUGCAGCCCUGGUCAAGUCAUUACCCCGGACCUCCCCAGGCGCCGCAGGGAUACCCUCAGUCCCCGUCCUACCCUAACCCCAACACCCAGCCUGCCCCGUCUUACUCUGGCUACCCACCUGGCCAGCCAUAUGCACGACCAGGUGACCCUCGGGGCGUCGACCCUGGGUACUACCCCCAUCCAAGCUCCCAGCAGAGAGGCCCCUUGCGGCAAGAUGUUCCCCCAUCCCCUACCCCUCCACGUGGACUACGGUACGACACUAUGACGCGUGGAACAGGGGGUGGAGGUUACAGGUAGGAGCGAUCUGUGGAUGAAAAUGAUCCCAGGCACUUGGUGGAUCCCAGUCCAGACCACUAUGGCUAUACUGGGAAGGAAGGAAGACAGCAACAGCAACACCAAACCAACCCAAGACAGAAGAAUGCAAUGACCGCAGCUGUGUAGACGAAUCAGGUCCAGAAAUGAAAAUGAGCAGAAUGCUUACUGCUUUAUGUUGUGCAGCUCUUCUAUUUUCGGUACUCCAAUGAAAUAGAGUUGAAACCUCUUAAUGGUGAGAUCUGAAUCACCAUCAUUAUCAAACACUGUCUGCGCUGUUUGAAGUAUAUGGUAAUACACAGACAAGCAAGGUAAAGGAGGUUAAUUAUAGAGUGGCCGGCGUGAUGCAUAAUGUCUUGUUGUUUGAAGCCAUUUAAAUUGCUUUGAGUCUUCUCGCAGUAUAAAUUAGGAGGGUUUUUACUUUUCACUAUACCCUGAUUAAGUCGUCUCUUUCAAGAUUCAGUCAGAGCCACAAAGGUAAUUGGAUCCAUUUAAAUUAAGGCAUACAUACAGCUCUACAUACUCUCAUAUUGUACAUGGUGGUGUCACUGCUGCCACUUCACAAACAAGACAACAUAUAGGAUGAUUUCUAUAGUAGCAUCUAGUAACAUGUUACCUUGUGGCCAUGUGUGGCCCAACACAGAGAUAAAUGACACCUUGUAAUGACAGUAUUUUUGCGUGAUAAAGCCAACUUUAUUCUUGAGACUGAAAAAGUUUACAAAAAAGUUAAGGCUCCGAGUCUUCUCUUGCGGGUGAGUUGAGAUGUAGAACAUGAUGAGAAACGUUCCUGGGUUUCAAAACUGCGAAUAGCAACAAAUUAGAUACGAUUCUUUGCGCUGUUAGUAAUGGUUGCUGAAACAAAAAAACAAAAAAAACCAUCAUAACUCUACAGUUACAAGACAGCUUAUCCAUUCAUGCCAGAUUAACAAUCCUAUCUACAUAGCUUUUAAAAUUUGUGCAACAGUUACCACUAUGUUAUUAAAUGAAGUGCAUUUUUAUCUCGAUCUGCCAAACAGGGAGAACGCCACUAUACCAAUCUUUCUAAGUACAUAUUUUGUACUUGUGACUAGUCUGAUGUAUCACGUACAGUAUUGUUUUAAUAGCGAAUUAUGGAAAGGUUGAGUAGUUGAAGUGCUCUACAGCACAGUUGAGCACUAUAUGAAUUGUCUUUACAUGUAACAGUGUGUUUAUUGCUAAUGCCUUGAUUGCCUUAAUUGUUAUCCAAAAUAUUUCUUUUAAUAGGGAUGAGUUUAAAUCUGUAUCUUAGUACAGGAUUAAGUAUAACCCGAGUAUGAAAACACAAGGGUUGGGUACCAAACUCGGUACUUUUAAGGGUACUGACUGUAUUACAUUGAUAAUACUGAGUACUGAUUCAGGUUAAUUCAACAGUUGCCAAAAGAGCAUCUGGGUGAGAACGCCGGGUUUAGACAAUAGGCAGAAGUGCCGCGAAGUGCCUCGAAGCCUGGUAGCCAGCCACAGAGCUAUGAGCCCAGCAGCAGAACCCUGUGGAGCUGGUGGGUUCAACUUUAGACAGGAAGCAGAAGCUCCCUUAGGCAGAGAAACUCGCUGCUCUGUUAGCUGCCCUGGCCGCUUCCCAGGGAAGCCAAAAUCACUGCAGCACCGAUGUACCACAAUAGUUUCGGCAUCUUCUUUUCCAUAUUAUUUUAGUAAUAGCCCAGUAUCGUUGCUAGGCAAGCAGACACAUGCACAAGAGCAGAGGGGCGGAGUUGUGUUUUAGUGUACCGCAUAACCCAUGCAGCUUGUUCAAAAAAGGUUGUUGUUGCAGAGGCAAUAAAAUACCAAUAAAAGGUACCAUUGGGUACCAAUACCAGUAGCAGUACUGGUAUUGAUUUCAGUGUGUUACCCAACCCUUGAAACCACACCUGGCUAUUAGUUAACAGAAUCACCCUGGUCCUGCUUUAAAACUGUUCCAGGAUAACAACAUUUGAACCAUACUGGAGAAUUACUGAAUCUCAAUUUUACAUUCAUUUAUAUGAUUUUCAGAUCAUAUAACUGGACUUAUGUUUGUCUUUGAAUAGUUAUCUUUAUUUAAAGUGACCUCUACCUGAACGUAUGGAAACUCUUUGGGCUACACUUUCACAGUCAUUAAUACUUAAUCCAUGGUACACUCUGUUUUCAUUGAAUCAUUCCAACGUGAUUGGAGUUUUUGCUCACUUUUUGGUUUUCCAUCAGACAUUCAAUUCAGAUAUAAUCCACUGCUUUAUACAAGAAGCUGACGGCACCAUUUUUCAAGCUUUCAUCAGAGUGCCAGUAUCAACCUACGAACUUUGACAUUCUGGAAGAGGCUCCGUUAAGAACAGGACGACCAUUUUGUAAUAACGCUGAGACCUCCUGUCAGAUUACAACCCAGUGGAGGCAAUACACACACCAAAGCAAGAUGAUUCCAACACUUAGUUUUACAACGUUGCAGCUUUUUAUUGCUGCUUCCUCCUAUAAUGGGAGUAACUCAAUUAUCAGGGAGGAGCACGUAUGUCAUAAUGGUGCUUAAACAUGAUAGAAUGUGAAAUCAGUUGGGGAAUGGAAGAAAUGAGCAAAAACUCCAAUAAUGCUGGAAUUGGUAUUUAUUUCAUACAAUUUAACCAAACCAUUACAGGUGCUAUUAUUCAUGCCUUAUGUGGUCAAGCAGACGAAAGUGUUUUUGGCUUAGAGAUUUACAUACUGUCGGGUAAACCUGGCAGAAAAGGCAGAUGUUUAACUGACCAGUUGCAGAGCUAAUUUUCACUCUAUAUCACUUAGCGGCCUCUUUUUCUCUGGGUUGUCUGUGUAUGCCAUGUACUGUAGUUUUGGAUGCGAUAGAUGUUCAUGGCACAUCUCUGUGACCUGGUGGUGUAGGCGUCACUGUGUGGUGAAGUGCUCACAAGUCCUGUUGAAAACAUGAAUUGAGCUCCAGAGUGCUCUUCUCAGUGCUGCACCAUAGUGUAUAUCCAUUUAGCCACUUACUAAACCAUCAAUUAAGUGUAACUAAGAGUUAGAGUCUAGCUCAACAUUUCUGUUUCACUCCACAAAGCUCAGCAGUAUUCAUUUCAAUGAUGAUGAAAUGUUUAAAAUGGCAUUUUAGGAUUAGAUAAAUUGCAUUUCUGUUAAUAUGACUGAAGAUGAAAUCCCACUGAAGUGAAUGUACGAAUGAAGUGAUUUGACUGAAGCUCAUGCAGAAGAAUGUGAAGUAGAUUUUGUCUCAACACCAUGUGAUUUCCUUGUUUAUUUGAUAGAUCUGAGUCUUGAUUGGAAAGAGGACAGUGGGAGGGUUAGAGGUGAAAGAAUUAAGAAAGACAGAGAGAGGAGGGAAGAAAGGAUCAGACAUGAGGGAUAGGCAGAGAAGCAAGAAAGAAAAGGAUGUAGAAAAGAAAGAGGGAUUAAAGAAAGAAUAGACUGAAAGUAUGGAUGAAGGGAGGUGGAAGAAAUGGUAAGAACACAUCGAGUGCAAGGCCGAAGCCUUUAUGAUUCACAGUGGUUUGGUUUAGAGAGUUUUCAAAGAAGAGCAGAGAAAGGAAUGAAAGUUCACAAAUAUUUGGGCAGCCGUUGUUCUGCAGUAGGAGGAGGGUUCAAGAGUGGGCUUUGAAUUGACUGAAUGUAGAGACUUUGUGAAUUACUUGCAAAUGUGUCUUUUUUUCAUGCUGUUAUCACUUUGUAGCACCAGUAUGGAAAUCAAACAUCCAAAUCUAUCUGUGUAGAGUGUAGAGUAGUGACACCAAAAUAGUUCACAUGCCCCUGUAGGUCAUUCCCUUCUUUGCUUAGAGUUAACAGUAACAACAGUCGCAGUUGGCUUGCCUCCAAAAUGGUGAGAGAUAGAAUGGUGUAAGUAGCAUUACCUCAGAUGUGACCACACUUGCAGUAGGUCAAAUGGUAGUUGGGUUUUCCCUAACCAAUCACUAGAGUCCAACUAAUCCACCUGAAUCUAACAUCAUUUUAGGUCCACAUUGAUGUGUAGCCAUGCCUGCAUACCUGUUCUGCCGGGGUUUUAAAACUGGAGCAUAGCAAAGUAAAACAAACUAUAAUGUUGGGCAUUAUUGUGAAGACGUGUCCAUUAAGAACAGCCUCAUUAGCAGCGUAUACCUUGUCUGUAGCACUCGCCAUUGUUGUUAUCACUCCUCAUUGGUUCCAGCACACCGCUUGACAGUGCUCAUCAACAGCUUGACAGUGUUAAGGCUCAUUUAUACUCCUUUAUGUACAAAAAUAGAUACGUUGUUAACAUCACUGCCCUCUUACUUCAUGAUGUCAUAGAUACAGCCAGUAGAUGGCACAGUCAGAAGUUUCACACAACAAAUGAAGCGACGGAGGAUGAGGUCGUAAUAUUGUACCUUAUAACAGAGGCAGCUUUGUAGACGAUGUAGUCUGUGCAGCCAUUACAUACAUCCUGACAUGUGAACAGAGAAUUCUUUUCAUGAUAUUACAGAUUUGCUCUGUUCUGCCAUUAUUUAAAUUUCUUCAUCGUCUACAGCCGUAUUUCACUUGAACUACGCUACACUGCCUCUGCGAACUCCAGUGGCACAGCUCAGUUUUGUCCAUAUCAGAGAGCGUGCACAAAUAUUGACAAAAUGAAUGCAGAGUAAGGACAGAAGGCUCCGUCCGUUGCCAUCUCUGUAUUUGACGUUAAGCAUAAAUGUACCUUAGUCCCGCCCGUGGUGCUGAUUGGCAAAUCGUUAGUCCCCCCAUGGCGUCAUUGGUCAUUUUUUAUUUUAACCAAGAAGCCUCUGUUUCAUGUCACGAUGCCAGACAAAUUAGUCAACUCGCGGUCAACCAUAAAAAUCUAUUAAUAGAUAGAUACUACAUAUAUGUGUUCAUACAAACCUUCAGGAUGAUAGGUGAUGAGAUAUUACAACUAAUUAAUCUACAUUGCUGGAUUAAAAUGUGUGAUACUGUAGCCAAUAUACCAACACUAAAAGAGUUCUGUUCAUUACCAUAAAGUCAGUUCUUUUACUUUGGAUAAUCAUAGUUGCUUAAGUGUUACAGUAUGUUAAACGAGCAUCAGACAAAAUGAUCUACUUGGGUCACAUGGACAAUUUUGGUGUCAUUAAUCCAAAAAAUGUGUUGUACCACUUUAAGGCAGAAUGCAAAGAUGGAAGAUGUCUUCUCAACUGUGUGUAUCUGAAUGCUGCGCCAGUGUCUGGUGAAGCUUAGCUGAGCUGCAGUAUGCUGAGAUGUGAACAUUUUACAUGAAGGUGAAUUAUUGUUACUCCUCUGAUACUGGUUCGCAAUACACAUAUAUGUUACUCUUCAAAAGCAUUUAUUUUUUAUGUAUUUCUUUUUAAUGAUAGUUGGUGUUGUUAGUUGGGUAUACCAGAGCCACAGAGUGUUUUGCCACUGUUACCAUGCCACUAAUAGGUUUCAAUCACUUCUUUCCCCACAUUUAAUUCACAUUGGUUUUUUAUUGGUUUUGUACAUGCAAUUUACAUAAGAAUAAUUAACUGUACAAGCAAUUUUCAGCUUGCUUGGAAAAGAAAAAGACAUUUUGGCACUUUGCAUAGCAUGGUUAACAUAUCAAACAUUCUGUAAUUAUGGCUCUUUGCUUUUUGGCAGUACAGUACGAGUUGCACAGGCUGAAGGUACUAACCAGAGUCUUCUAUAUGAAUGAAGAAUUCUGGUGCUCCUGGCUCUCCCACCACAGAGACCAGUGUAUGAAGGAGCCAACUAAACAACCUCUCUGUCUUAGAAGUAUAAUAUUUUUUACUAAACUGCUUGUAUCCAAACACAAAAUCCAAAAACAAA